AUGAUAGCCGAUGUUUGCGUCCGCCCCGUGUGCGAGCAGCAGUCGAGCCAGCUCCAGGUUGUCGUGCUUCACCGCCCGGACGAGUGGGGGAGCAUACUCUUCCGGUUCCGACUCAUCGUGAGUGCCGAAGACGCCGUGUUCCAAGAGGACCUUGACGAUCGCAGUAUUCUGCCGGUCCACGGCCUGGCCCAGGGCCCUGGUUCCGACCACUCGGUCCGUUUUAUGCGCGCUCCUGGCGAGGAGUAA